GCGCUUGUCCAAGAACUGAAGUUUGGUUGCUUCUCAUUCGGAAGUGGUAUAUCUGGAAAUUCAAGCGCCCACAGCAACUCUUCCUUGCGAAAGAUGACCUGGUUUUGCUGAUUGCAUUACGGGCUGCUAUCAGCAUCCUAACAUGAUGAGACGGUCACGCUGCAUGGGGAUCAGCAGAGUCUGGGAUGUUCGGUCAGGACCUCUUGGCCAUCACAUUCGGCAAUGCUGUAUUGUGCGCUUUGCAUAUGGUCGCAAGCUCAAUCCAAGCCAAAGCGUCGAUGUGAAAAGGGCUGUGAGAUGCGACCAGUGGCAAUACAAUCAUGUCGAAGCUACUCUUGCAGUAAAAAGGGUGUGCGCGGUACUAUCUGCGGUCACCAUGUCCACCAAGUUCGUCCAUCAUCGGAGGUGUCGUGCCAGCUUCUUGCUCCACAAUGUAGUCAGUCUAGAAUGGCCUAUGAGACCUCCGGAGGUGACAGUGCUUCCUGAAACCCGGCAUCAACGGCGAGAACGGUACCCUUCUACUCCGAGCUACGAGGAUUUGUGUACCGAGACCCUGAACGCAAGAGAAGCUCGGCACCGAGCGGUCGUUAUCGGCGUAAGUAUGCACAGUCGCAAUAUACCUCCCUUAUGUCGUUCGCUUCUGCACUCUGGAAUGAUCAAAGCACCGGGAUGAACACGGUUAAAUUGAGGGAAUAACGGAGACUAAUAAUACAGGGAUGAUAGACAAUGAAAUGCUAAGGAUACAACUCGAUAAACAAGUGAGUACAGUAAUUCUAUAACAUCGAAUAGUAUGCAGUUGUUCUUCCGUAUCGUACCAGCCCCGCUGAAAAGUGAUCCUCGUCUUGCAUGCAGGAUCGUCCGCGAGGCGGAAAGAGGUAUAGUAUGUGUGUGUAUCGAAAAGCGAA